UUAAGUCUAUGUUUCAGAAAAAUAUUGACUAAGCGUAUCCAUGCACAUUAUUUUGAGAACAUGGCAUACUAUAAGAUAUCACAUGUUGAUGGUCGGAUUACUAACCCUGAACAACGAAUUGCAAGUGAUGUACCAAGAUUCUGUUCAGAGUUGAGUGAACUGGUACAGGAUGACUUGACAGCAGUUACUGAUGGUCUUCUCUAUACUUGGCGCCUGUGUUCUUAUGCUAGCCCAAAAUAUCUUUUCUGGAUAUUGGGCUAUGUGUUGGGAGCAGGAACCAUGAUUAGAAACUUUUCCCCUGCUUUUGGGAAACUGAUGUCAAAAGAACAACAGUUGGAAGGUGAAUAUCGGCGGCUUCAUUCACGUUUAAGGACCCAUGCAGAAAGUAUAGCAUUUUCUGGUGGAGAACGUAGAGAAGAAUCACCUAUUCAGCAGAAGUUUAAGGAUCUUGUUAGACACAUGAGAGUUGUCCUUUAUGACCAUUGGUGGUUUGGAAUGAUUCAAGAUUUUUUGUUGAAGUAUCUUGGUGCUACAGUUGCAGUUGUAUUGAUUAUAGAGCCCUUUUUUGCUGGCCAUCUAAGACCUGAUGCCUCUACUUUGGGAAGGGCAACAAUGUUGAGCAACUUAAGAUAUCACACCAGUGUCAUAAUAUCACUAUUUCAGUCCUGGGAACUCUUUCUAUAAGUUCAAGACG